AUGUGUAUAUUAUUUUCUUAGGCAAGGUUUCAUGCUCCAUCAACGAUAUUCAUUGAUGAAAUAGAUUCUCUUUGUUCUCGGAGAGGCUCAGAGUCUGAACAUGAGGCAUCCAGAAGAGUGAAGUCUGAACUCUUAGUCCAAAUGGAUGGCUUAAGUGAUUCAAGYACAGAAGAAGAAUCAGGGACUAGCCGUAUUGUAAUGGUACUGGCAGCUACCAAUUUCCCUUGGGAUAUAGAUGAGGCACUUAGACGUAGACUGGAAAAACGUAUAUAUAUACCUUUACCCAACAGUGCUGGUCGAGAAGCGCUGCUAAGAAUAAAUCUUAGAGAUGUAAAAAUAGAACCUGAUGUAAACCUAACAGAGAUAGCUACCAAACUUAAAGGUUAUUCUGGGGCAGAUAUCACAAAUGUUUGCAGGGAUGCAUCUAUGAUGUCUAUGAGACGUAAGAUAGCCGGAUUAAAACCAGAUCAAAUUCGGCAAUUGGCCAAAGAAGAAGUGGAUCUGCCGGUGUCCUUCCAAGAUUUUAAUGAAGCAAUAGCAAAGUGCAACAAAAGUGUUUCGUCAGAUGAUUUGACUAAAUAUGAAAAGUGGAUGAGCGAAUUUGGAUCCUCAUAAUUGUUGAAGAUAAUGAACUGUAUUUUUUUUUUCUAUGCAGACCAUUAUUUUUCUUUUUUGUUAAUUGUGUAUAGUAAUAGGAGGACGACUAGGAACUAUUUAAUUUUAAUUUUUAUUGUUUAUGGCUGUGCUAGCUUUUGAACUUUAUAUGCUCACAACGAAAAAAAACAUACUUAAAAUAUUGAAGAAAAAAACUAAUAAUUUUUAAGUUUUUUUUUUCACCUGAAGAAAUAAUUUU